AUGCCUCCUCCUCCUCCUCCUCUGCCCUCGCCCUCGUCCAGUGGGGACGAGGCCACAUCUUCAUCCCCAGAGCCGGAGGCUGGACCGGCACCUCCCCCUACACCUCCCCCCACACCUCCGGGGGACGUGUCCGACGAGAACCAAAGCCGGGACUCGGCGACGAAUACGCCGAAUUGUCCCUUCCUCCUGCAAGGACAUUGCCCGAGUGGACAGGCAUGUCUUUUCGUCCAUGACGAGUUCGUGGCGUGGUUGCAGGAACGUCAAGAGUUGACCCUACCAGAGAUUGAUACGCCUCCUGCGCAAUCUCAGGACACAACCCCCCAAGUUGCGCCCCUAAUCGAGACCAAUGGGGCAGCAGUCGGAGCAGCAACCGGAGCAGCAGUCGGAGCAGCAGCCGUACCAGCAGCCGUACCAGCAGCCGUACCAGCAUAUGGAGCAGCAGCCAUAGCAACAUAUGGAGCAGCAGCUAGAGCAGUAAGGGAAGCAGCAGCCAUUGUAGCAGCUGAAGCAGCAGCCGUAGCAGCAGCCAGAGCAGCAGCCGAAGCAGCAAAGGCAAAUCCGCCAUAUGUCAGAAGGCCGCAAAUCGUUGGCUCAACCUGCAGGAGCGUGGCCGUUUCCUGGCCCAAGCCCGGCAGGGUGGCCAUCCUGGGCUAUGGCAGCCUCGACAUGGCCAAGGACGAAUGUUCCAAGUUCAACGGGCAUUCGAUCCCAGCAGGCCAGCGCAAAAAGGUCUGCGGCCACGAGGUUGCUGCCAUCCUGUCCUCCGCAGCCCGUCCCGCCGAAGCACCGCAGACAACACGAGUCUCCCACCAAGUCGCGGUAUUUUUCGGGCCCUCCGUCCAGACAACAGACGAAAAGCUGAGGCGCUCAAUCAGAAAGAACUUGACCCCGACUCCUCGUCACGUUCGCAUGGGAGAGUACUCGGCUACGGAGGGCGAAACGAUUGCGGCGGUGCGCUCGCUUCUGGCAGCUAUUGCGCCUCUCGAGUUGUUUCAAGUCCAACAAGACUCGACCAAGACGCGGCUGGAAGCGACCGCAUGGUUUCCGGACCUGGUGGCUGCGCUGGAGGCAUCCCGACUGGACAAGACAUGCCUCUCCUUUUGUGCCGAGGCGGAGCUGAGUGUGCGUGUCCAUAAUAUCAACGACACCUGCUCUUUCCGCUGUCAUAAAAGGAGAUAG